AUGCCGAGCCUCGCGCGCCCCCGCGGAGCGCGCCGCGCGCCGCGGACCGUCGCCGUCGCUCGCGCCUCCGUGUCCUCGUCGUCAGGCGACGAGGAGGUGGUCCCCGAGCUGCUCGACGAGGACGACAGCCGCAGGAACGAGCUCGAGUGGGACGCGCAGUCGUCGGCGACGGGGCUCAGCGCGCAGCUCCGCACGACCAACGCCCUGCGCGAGCGCCUGUCGCGCGAGAUGUUCCACGUCAAGCCGGAGGAGGUCGCGCCCGACGUCGUGUACCGAUCGCAGGUGCACGAGGCCAGGGGCUCGGAAGACUACAACGCCCUGAUGACCGCGUGGAGGCCGAUGAUCAAGAGGCAGCUCCUGGACUUCACGUACGACACCGAGCGCGCCUUCUGCCCGGAGGCCGGGGUGUUGCUCGUGCGAUGGCGCGCGGAGUGGGAGGGCGCGUUCAACGCGGAUGCGCAGAUGCUCAACUUCAUCGAGGAGAACUUCCCGGACUACGCAGAGACAAACGCGGAGGAGUACGCGCGCUUAAAGCGCGACGUGGACGAUCCAGCCAACUCCAGGUCGUUCACCGGCGAUAGGGAGUACGCCGUGCGGGGAAUCACCACGAUCAAGGUCAACGCCGCGGGGUUGGUGACGAGCCACGAGGAUCUGCUCGUCGCCAAGGGCGAGUACAUGAUGGAGGCGCCGACGCGUUCGCAAGACGACGGCGAGGCGGGCGUCGUGCGCAGGGACAAGAUCGUGUGGAGGGGAGACAAGGAUGUUUACAACACAACCGGGGGCACCGGCGAUGCGUCAUCGGAGACGGAGAUGGACGCGGACGACAGGGCGGCGAGGGACGAGUUCGCGGUGACUGUCUUUUACAACGCGCUGCGACCGCCGGGCGCCAAGGCGGUGCCGUGGUUCUUCGACGUUCUGCUCGAGCUCGAGUGGCAGUACUUCCGCAGGCAGGUGGGGGACGACACCACGGUGAUCCAGACCAAGGAGGAGUUCGUCAACACCAUCGUCGCCCUCCUCUUCGGCGUCGUGGUUCUUCCCACCGCGAUCAUCACGACGGCGGUCAUCGCGGCGGUGACGCAAGGGGAGAUCCCGGCGCUGAGCGGCGGGGACAAGUACGACAUGUUGAUCCAAGAGGCGAACGCGGAGGACGUGCGCAAGGGGAAGGACGUGGUCGGGGCGAAGGGCGCGAAGGCACCGGAGCCCAAACUCGACGCCGACCUGCUCAGGACGCUAUACGGCGCCAAGAUCGGUCUGUGA